AUGCGCCGCCACCACCCAACUCUCUUCCCGCACGUCGAGGUCGAUGGUGUCGAGGACGGCGUCGACGAUGAUGACUGGAACGGCGGCAGUCUCUCCCACCCCCGCCCAUUCCCUGCGCCCAACCGCUCCCUCUCCAACACAGGCUCCCUCAAUGGUCUCAACCGCAGCUUCCGCUCUCACCACAACUAUCCUACGCCAAUACAGCCCCCACCACUGAGCAUACCCCGGACACCGUCAUACGUUCCCAAAUACUCAGACCUUUAUGCGCAGUUCAUGCAACGAUACCGGUCCGCGGGGCCAGGCGAGCAGGACGAUCCACGCAACGAUCCGGACAGUCAUUACUUCCACCGAGGCCUUGGUCAGCUAGUCGACGCGGGCGACAGUGACGACGAAGACCUCGCGCACGUCCCUUUGGGCCCCGGAGAUGCCGCCUUCGAUCGUGUGGCCGGCCUACUUGCUGACGCCGACGUCUCCGCCAGUCCAAGCACGCAGAAAGAUGGCGAGCCACCUCGAGAGCACUGGAUCGCAUGGUUGAACUCGGUCUUGUCUGGAAACGUGCUCAAGUCGGAGAAGACGCGCAUAGCGAUGGCGCUCGAGAACUCGGUCGACGAGACGAAUAACCCCCAUGUCCACAUCUGGCUCGCCAUUCGCGCCAAAUUCCAUUCACGAGAUAUAGAGGACGAGAAGAAGAUUCUGGAGGAGCGCCGCCUCCGCUACGUGGACCCCAUCAUACACGAUAUCAACACGUUCGUAGCGUCCCCGCCGCCAGAGGGCGGCGACGCUGCGUCAUGCGCGCUUAACGACAUUCACCGUCUCAAUCACCGCCUCGACAUCGCGGUCUCCCUCUACCCCAACAUCAAGGCGAUGCAGCUUGACCGCCCUGCCGCCGCCAGCCCCGAGUUCAUAACACGCGUCGAUGCGCUCAACACCUGGUCUACCCUCCUCACCUCCCUCCGCGACCACAUCGCUCGAUUACAGCGCUGGACGGGAAGCGAGAAGCUCGAUGUCACACAGCCCUACACGUCCGCUGAAGUGCACAUCGGGCCCUCCAAUGGCUCUGAGGUGGAAGGCAUCAGCUUCGUCGAGCGCGUGUUGAAAGAGGAGUCGAUGCAGCGCACCUUCGAGAAGGGCUCGCUCGUCGUGACACACGCCCUCAUUGGAUCGGCCCGACACGCGCAGAUAACCUACGCCGAGCUCUUCUCGACGAUGAACCUACCCACCUUUGAGCAGGAGCUCAUCCCCCUUCUCUCCUUCGCACCCCGGUUGACGCAGGCAUGCUUACGCGUGCGCCUGGAUUACGUCUCAAAACUGCAGAACCCGGACAACAUGAUCAUCGACCAGAUGAUUGAGGAUAUGCGCGUCAGCAUAGGCCUUUCAUGCACGCUCAAGCGGCAGUACGAGGCGCUCAAUGCACCAGAACCAUCCGGUCACUGGAAUUUGCCGCCAUGUAUCAGCCCCGACUACGACCAGACCAUCUUAGAGGGCCUCAUGACGUUCUUCCGCUUAUUACACUGGAAGCUGAAGAGCGGAGCGAAGGGCAUCUACUUCAAGGAGACGGACGUGUUGGAAGGGCAGUGGGCCACGUUCAACGACGUUGCAUCGACUGCCGCUGGAGGCUCCUGUGUCGUGGCAGAGCAGCUUUGUUCGCUAACGAAUCGGUUGAUGAUUCGAGUUACCAACUACUUUGAUACCCAGGUCCGCGUUCCGACUGGUGAGGAUCCGAACGAACACCGACACGCCGCCGCACAUCGAAGACGAGACUCGGAGGCGGGCGGUCCGAAUGGCGCGAACGGCAGCGGCGCUGUCACGCCAGCGAAUCGCAAGAUGAGCGACCAGCAGAUGGUAAACUGGUACAACAAGAUGUUGGAUAGUGUACGACUGCGGUAUCGUAAGCUGCAGCGCUUCACGAGGGUCCUCACGCAGCGCUUCAGCAAUUCAUCAGAGUACUCGCUCGAAGGUGUACAGCUGGACGCCUUCAUCUCCUGUCUUACCUCCACCGGUCACGUCCUCGUCUAUACCUAUUCCUUCGAGGAGGAUGGUCGGUACAUCAUCGCCUCUAGCAGUCUAGCGAACCGCCCAGACGCCGUCCGCAAGAUUCUGACAGAAGCUUGGACCGUACCUGAGCUACAGCCUGAGGAAGCCGCGCGCCCUCCAUCAGGUACAGGCGAGGAGGAAGAUCGGACUUCUUGGGUCCAGGACGAGCCUCAGUACCUUCUCAUCCUAUCGCCUCGCACUCCCUUUGUCUGGAAUGGCUCGUACAUGGCCCUGGCCAUGCCGAAGAUCGAGCUGGAGAUAAAGGACGACCGCGUGCGGCUGGUCGCGGAUGGGCCGCAGACUCGGCUAGCUAUGGCGAAGACGGCUUUCCUCGAGACGUUCUUCCCCGUUGACGAGGAUGGCAACGAGCUCGAGCGCGUUAUGGACCCUCCGUCUGUUAUCACGGAGCAACAGGCUCACCUACCCUCCGUCAACCGCGAGCUUCGCAAGAUCUCGCGCGCGACGACGAAGUUCGCUGAGUCCAUCGUCGAUUCUGUACACCAUCUGCGGACAGCGUUGCGCGGGACGGAGGGUUGCCAGGAGCUUCUUGAGAACUGGUAUCUGUUCGCGUCCGAACACGGGCAGCAUGCGCAGAAGUUCAUGGACCGCUCGCAGCUGCUGCGCUUCCACCGCCUACUUAUCAAGCUCGCGAUCUCAUGGCUAUCCUUCAUCUGCGACGACUGCGACCAUAACGACCGCAAGACCUUCCGUUGGGCCGUCAAUGCUCUGGAGUUCACGAACAGCAGAACGCGGCGAUACAUCCACCUCCUGCCGGAAGAGCAGUAUCGCAUGCUUCGACAUAACGUGGCUAUCUGCAUGCGCUUCCUGCAGACGCACUUCGACCUAUUGGGUGCGCGCUCGGCCAUGGUCGCCGCCCGCGAGAAGCAGAUGCAGAAGGAGAAGCUGCGGCAGCUCGCUGCCGACAGCGAGCUCGAGACCGACGAACUCGAGCGGCCCUUCUCGCCCGACCAGUCCGAUAUGCGCCUCGCGUACACCGACCAGAGCACGCGCAUGUUCUGGGACCGCGUCUCGCGCGCGGUGCAGGAAUUGGAGGCGGAGCGCAGCCAGAUCGGCUCAGAGCAGCGCGUGCUGGGCCGCGUACUGGACACGGAGAAGCUUGAGGACCGGACGCUUGUCUUCCUCGCGUCGAGCAGCUCGAACUUCGCCAUUCGCUGGCAGCAGGGCCGCUUCAUCGGCUCGGGCGCCUUCGGAAGCGUGUACCUGGCUGUCAACUUGGACUCGGGCUCGCUGAUGGCGGUGAAGGAGAUCAAGUUCCAGGAGCUCACAGGUCUGCCGAAUCUGUACCAGCAGGUGAAGGCGGAGCUGAGCGUCAUGGAGCGGCUGCACCAUCCGAAUAUUGUCGAGUACUAUGGGAUUGAAGUGCACCGCGACAAGGUGUACAUCUUCGAGGAGUACUGCCAGGGAGGGAGCAUGGCUGCGCUGUUGGAACACGGAAGGAUCGAGGACGAACGGAUCAUCCAGGUGUAUACUAUGCAGAUGUUGGAGGGUUUGGCGUACCUGCACUCGCAGAAUAUCGUGCAUCGCGAUGUCAAGCCUGACAAUAUCUUGCUCGACCACCUGGGUGUCAUCAAGUUCGUCGACUUCGGUGCCGCGAAGAUCCUCGCAAAGAACUCGAAGACCGUCCAGCGGACUUGGAAGGGGACGAACGUCGAGCCGGCAACGCCUAGUAUCAACACGGCCAGCAAGCCGCCUGGCAUGAACAGCUUGACGGGCACGCCGAUGUACAUGUCGCCGGAGAUCAUCAAGAACGACCGGCGCGGGCGGCAGGGUGCGAUGGAUAUCUGGUCCAUGGGUUGCGUUGUACUCGAGUGCGCGACUGGCAAGAAGCCGUGGAGUAAUUUGGAUAACGAAUGGGCAAUCAUGUUCCAUAUUGGUGUCGCAACGCAACACCCUCCAUUGCCCGAGCCUGGCCAACUCAGCCCUCUCGGUAUCGACUUCUUAAAGCAAUGUCUUAUCAUCGACCCUAUGAAGCGGCCUUCCGCGCAGGAGCUGAUGGAUCACGCCUGGAUGCUCGAGUUCCGCGCCGCUCUCGCUACGUACGAAGAAGAGGAGGGUCAGGCCGCGCCAGAAGAGAUCCCGACCGACAAGGACUACGAGCACGCGUCCGUCGCGCGACAGGCGGCCAUCAUGCAGGAGAAGGAGAUGGAGGAGAUCAUGCAAUCGCCGACGCCUGUGUCGCCCGAGGACAUGCAGACGCCGUCAGAGAUGUACAUGUAG